AUGGCGGCGGGGGAGCCGGCCGAGGCCACGGUGCGCGCGUUCCUGACCAAGGUGCUGUGCGCGCACGGCGGGCGGCUGCUGCUGGCCGAGCUGCGCGGGCACGUGGAGCUGCCCGAGGCGCGUCUGCGCGCGGUGCUGCGGCGCGCGGGCCCCGAGCGCUUCCUGCUGCACGACGUGGCGCGCCGGCCCGGGCCGUGGGACGCGCAGGCCGAGGUGGCGGCGGCGGCGGCGGCGGCGGGCGCGGGCGCGGGGCCCCGCGACGUCCGGGUGCUGGCCGUGUCCUCGGCGCGCCUCUGCGCCCGCUACCAGCGCGGCGACUGCGCCGCCUGCGACCAGCUGCACCUCUGCCGCCGCCACAUGCUGGGCAAGUGCCCGAACCGCGACUGCUGGUCCACCUGCACGCUCUCCCAUGACAUCCACACGCCCGUCAACAUCCAGGCCCUGAAGCAUCACGGGAUUUUUGGCCUCAACGAGGCUCAGCUUCGCAUCUUGCUUCUGCAGAACGACCCUUGCCUCCUACCAGAGGUCUGCUUGCUCUACAACAAAGGCGAGGCCCAGCACGGCUACUGCGGCCUCCGGGAGCAGUGCACCAAGUUCCACGUGUGCAAGUCCUUCGUCCGGGGCGAGUGCAGGCUCCCGGUGUGCCGGCGCUCCCACCAGCUCAUCCACGCUGCCUCCCUGAAGCUGCUGCAGGACCAGGGGCUGGACGCGCUCAGCGUGGUCAACUUCCAGAUCAUCUCCGCCUAUAGGCAUGGCAAGCUGCACGAGACGCUGGGGAACGGAGAUACUUCGGCUGCUUCUGCGGACCCCCCGCCGGGCCUGAGCCAGCCGGGAGGCCCUGGGGCCGCAGCCCCCCCUACCCCGGUUUCUGUCCCCGCUCAGCCCACUAAGGAGUCUCGGCUAGGCAGCCCGGCGCGACGCCAGUGA